UAAAAAGUAGCAGGUGUCGUUUUAGGUGAGAAAAAUAGCGAUAGUUGACGAGUUGAUGUUGAUGUAUAAAGGCUCGCCCGACCCAUAAGGCCCAACGCAAAACCCAUCUGGACAUACACCGCCGAGAAAUAGUGAAUUCGUCUACCAAAAGAACAAAGCACGCGCCAACGAUUACGAGUUUAGGGUUUCAAAAUUAACUCGCCAUUGUAGUUGUAGAGCUUCUAUUUCGACUUCGAUUUCACUUCCAAUCAGUUUCAAUCAAAAUUCUUACUCUGCUAUUCCAUCUGGCCACUCAUAUUGUUUCCACCUUUCCACAUUUGCAAACUCUCUUCUUUGUAUGCUUCUGGCUUCUGUGCUUCCUUCAUAGUUGCCCUGCAAGCCUGCUUUUCUAGAUUCAUAGAAUGCCCGGGACAAGACAAAAAGAUGCAACGGCCCGAAAUUCAGAGUCACCAGGGGGAAACAGUGAACCUGAAAAACCCACAGAUUCUGGUGAGCAGGUAGAUCUUGAUGGGGACAAUGAUCAAGAGGAAUCAAGCGAGGAAGAAGUUGAGUAUGAAGAAGUAGAGGUGGAGGAAGAAGUGGAAGAGGAAGAAGAGGAGGAAGAAGAGGAAGAAGUAGAGGAAGAGAGUAAGCCCUUAGAUGAAGAAGAUGAGGCUGACAAAAAGAAACACGCUGAGCUUCUUGCGCUUCCACCUCAUGGUUCAGAGGUCUACAUUGGGGGAAUUCCUCACGAAACUUCUGAAAAAGAUUUAAGGGUCUUUUGUCAAUCUGUGGGAGAAGUGGCAGAGGUAAGGGUUAUGAAGGGGAAAGAAGCAAAAGGUUAUGCUUUUGUGACCUUCAAGACAAAGGAAUUAGCAUCCAAGGCUCUCAAGGAGCUGAACAACUCUGAAUUCAAGGGAAGAAAAAUAAAGUGCUCACCAUCUCAAGUUAAACAUCGGUUAUUCAUUGGUAGUGUUCCUAAAGAGUGGACUGUAGAAGAUAUGAAGAAGGUUGUUGCCAAGGUUGGCCCUGGAGUCAUUUCGGUGGAAUUGUUGAAGGAUCCACAAAGUUCUAGCCGUAAUCGGGGAUUUGCUUUUAUUGAGUAUCACAAUCAUGCUUGUGCAGAAUAUUCAAGGCAGAAGAUGUCAAACUCAAACUUUAAACUUGACAAUAACGAUGCAAUAGUGAGCUGGGCUGACCCAAGGAAUUCUGAAUCAUCAUCAUCCUCUCAGGUGAAAGCAGUAUAUGUAAAGAACCUUCCAGAAAAUAUAACUCAGAAUCGUCUUAAAGAGCUGUUUGAACAUCAUGGAAAGAUCACAAAAGUGGCUCUCCCUCCUGCUAAAGCUGGACAAGAAAAGAGCAGAUAUGGUUUUGUUCACUUUGCUGAUAGGUCAAGUGCAAUGAAGGCAUUGAAGAAUACGGAGAAGUAUGAAAUUAAUGGUCAAACUUUGGAAUGCUCACUUGCUAAGCCACAAGCAGAUCAGAAGUCAUCUGGUGCAUCAAAUUCAUUCAACUCUGCUGUACUUCCUGCGUAUCCACCUCCUCUUGGUUAUGGUAUGGUUGGAGGUGGAUAUGGUGCUGUUGGUGCAGGAUAUGGUGCUGCUGGCUUUGCACCGCCACUGAUGUAUGGUCCGGGAGCAACUCCUGCUGGCAUGACAAUGAUGCCAAUGCUUUUACCGGAUGGAAGGAUUGCAUAUGUAUUGCAACAGCCAGGUUUGCAACAGCCAAGCUUUCAACAGCAUGCUCCAUCACCAGUAUCCCGGCAUGGUAGGAGUAGUGGUGUCAGCUCAAGUGGUGAAAAACGCAGUAACGAUAAUAGCCGUAAUCGUGGUCAUUGCCGAUAUAAUCCUUACUAAUGUAAUUGUUCCUACUAGUUACCUCCCUCAAAGCCAAAAAUUAAUUUAUGGCAUGUAUGAGAAAAUUUGCAGAACAGGCAUAGGUAAAACUAAUUGUGUAAAAUGUAUAUUUGCUAAAACUAUCACCUGCUGCCUUGCAUUUUUCACCCUUAUCUUUUCCUAUGAUGGGAAACAAUUUAUUAAGCAAGAUAAAAUCUUACUCCCAUCUGUAGGCUUAGGGCAGUGGCGAUGACUCAGGCUACUCAACUAGUUCAAACAAAUAGGGGCCGUGAGUGAAGUUUUUUUUUAUUCUUGUAAUUUGUAAGGUUAAUAUAUACAUCUACUUAUUUAUUUAAGUCUAAGGUUUUGAA